AUGACUGAAGAUCAGCCCUGCUCUCCCCCACUCGGUGUCCCUUCCCCUGCCCUCCCCGCCGCCUUCAUCUGGUCCCCUGGCCCGCGCCGGGGGAGGGUCGGGCGGGGUCUCAGCCCUUCCGAGCCCGCAGGCUCCCACUCCCUGAGGUAUUUCUACACCGGCGUGUCCCGGUCGGUCCGCGGGGAGCCCCGCUUCAUCUCCGUGGGCUACGUGGACGACACGCAGUUCGUGCGGUUCGACAGCGACUCUGCCAGUUGGAGGGCUGAGCCGCGGGGGCUGUGGAUGGAGCAGAUGGAACAGAUUUAUUGGGACCGGCAGAUUCAGAUCUUCAAGGACAGCGCUCAGGCUUUCCGAUGGAACCUGAACACCCUGCGGGGCUACUACAACCAGAGCGAGGCCGGGUCUCACACCAUCCAGCGCAUGUACGGCUGUGACGUGGGACCCGACGGGCGCCUCCUCCGCGGGUACAGUCAGUUCGCCUACGACGGCGCGGAUUACCUCGCCCUGAACGAGGACCUGCGCUCCUGGACCGCGGCGGACACGGCGGCGCAGAUCUCCAGACGCAAGUGGGAGGCGGCCGGUGCGGCAGAGCUCUGCAGGACAUACGCGGAGGUCACGUGCGUGGAGUUGCUCCGCAGGUACCUGGAGAACGGGAAGGAGACACUACUAGCGCGCAGGUACAAGGGGCCUCGGGGCCUCCCUGAUCUCCCCUCCUCUAGGGCUGGCUUCCCACCAGGAAGGGAAAAUGGACUCAGUGGCAGAAACCCCCCUCCUACGGGUGGGGAGACUGAGGUCCACCUGUGUGUUCUUGUUCCUACUAGAGAGUGA